GCCCCUCGCGUCACGUGCCGGCGGCAGAGCCAAUGGCCGCGCGCUCCCGCCGCUCCGCGCGUUGCCGGGCAGCGGCCGCGGGGGGGCGCCGUGCCCGCCCGCCAUGCUGAGGGCCAAGGUGCUGCUGGUGGGGCCCCGUGAGUCUGGCAAGUCUGUGCUGGCAAACUUCGUGUCCGAGAGCACGGAAGGGAUCUGCAGCUACAGCCCCACGCAGGGGGUCAGGAUCCUGGAGUAUGAGAAACCAAACCUCAACGGGAACAGCAAGGGAGCUGCGUGUCGGUUCGAGCUGUGGGAUUGCAGUGGGGAUCAGAAGUUUGAAACGUGCUGGCCAGCUCUGAUGAAGGACUCUCAUGGUGUAAUAAUCAUCUUCAACCCUGACCUGCCGAGCCACCUGAAAGAAAUCGAGAUGUGGUACUCGUGCUUCGUGCAGCAGCAGCCUCUGCUUGACAGUCAGUGUCUCCUGGUGGCACAUCACAAGCCAGGCAGUGCAGGGGACACAGAAAACCUGUCCUUGGCUUAUCCACUGAACAAGCUAAAACUGAUACAUUCCAACUUAGAGGAAGAUCCUGAAGAUGUUCGGAUGGAAUUUAUCAAGUACUUCAGAAGCAUUAUCACCAUAAUAAAUGAGAGCAGAGAGAGGGAAGAAAUGUCAAUUAUCUCAUAAUAUUAAAAAAUACUGAACAAGGAAGAAAAAAUAUAAUUUUCCCUUAGUAAGCUAUACUAGCCUGUGAACAGGCCCUCCCAAGGAGAAUUUGCCAGGCUACAAAUACUUCAGUCUGUGAACAAGGGGUGACAUCAGGUGAACUCUGGUGCCAGGGAGGUGGGUGCACAUCCAGGAAUUUGAGUAGCUUUGUAGCUGCACUUUGGCAUCAGAGGCACAGGAAGGUGUUACUAUGUUAGUGUGGCCCAAAAUACAAAGGUAUGGGUGGUGUGUUCAGAAUUCCUCUGUGCAGGGCAGCUUGGAGAAGAAAGCCUGACAGAACAUAAGAUGCUGGAGUUCUGUUGAAGCAUCUGGGCAAAGUGCUCAUGUUAGCUGGAGAAGGCUUGUCUUUGGAAGUCAGUACAAACUGAUUGGAAUAGAGAUCUCAGAAGUCAUAGUGUAGACUCCACAUUUUUAUGUUCUAAGUUGUCCUUGUCUUUCCCUUGAGGAGACCACAGUGCACAGCCAUUGCCUUGGCAGGACAGAGCAGGUUGCAGUCUUUAUCAAGACUAAGUCUUUCUUCUAUUCCAACAAAAUGAACAUGUUGUAAGGACAAUGUUUAGGUCUCUCUGGGAGGAAGGAAUUGAAAUCUUGGUUUAAUGCAAUAUUCUGACUUAUGUCAGAAGCUCAAAUAAGUUCUGCAUUCUCCAGAGGAGUAAAAGCUGUUUCAAAACUUUACUGUUCCCUGUUGCAUUGAAAUAAGUGGUUUCAUAGAUAAUUUACUUUCUGAUUCAUUUGGUUUGCACUCAUUCCUGUUCUUUGUGUGUUUUGCUGCAGAAGACUUUUUUUUGUAACAUGUAUUACUAAGGCAAUAAAAACAUUUUAAAAAUGCA